AUGGCAGAUGCCGGUGGAAAUGAAGAUGAUGCAGAUAUCGAUGAAAGAGAUUGGGGUUUGCGGGAUAUGAGACCCUUUUCCCAGCCGAGUCGUGUCGUGUCUGAUGCGACGAAGGGGGAAUCGGAAUGCACCACACGGCCGCGAGGGACGGCAGGCCGAGGCGAGAGAGCUAGCCGUCUCUGGACUGGUGUGCUACCAGCCUCAGUAAGGCGCAGGAGGCGGGAAGAGCUGAGAUCAGUUCUCAGAUCAGUUCUCACAACAGAGAUGAUUCGGAUUCUGAUUCUGAGUCUGAUCAUGGACAGACAGCAGGACAGACAGCGGCAUCCGACUGUUGAAUCUUGCAUUCAUGAAGAACUGGCUGGGAGAAGCAGAGGUAUAUCCACGCAGUAUAAUCCCUCCGUAAAAUACAGGGGUCAUUUACUGCCCCGUCCACUGGCGGGCGGUGAGAUCGUCAUCAUUGAAUCUCAGUCGAACAAAGCGGGAGAAGGGGAGAAGGGGAGAAGGGAGAAGGGAGAAAGGGCAAUUAUGGUUAUUUAUUUCGAGUAAAAACGCAAUAAUACAGAGUCGUAAUAGGUCUGAUUUUACCUGAGAAAAGCCCUGCCCCAUAUUCGCAUCAGGAUCAUGGGCAUCAUCAGUCUUUAAUCAAGAACCAGCACUGGCAUUCCCUUUAUUCCCAUUCUCCUUUAUCAUCAUUAUUCUCCUCCUCAUUCGCAUCAUCAUCAUCAUCAGCAUCAUCAUCAACUAUUCCCAUCUCCCCCCCUGCCACAGCGUUGUUCUCGUGCGCCCGUAAUCAUAAUAAUAAAUUCCCUCCCCCCAUCGACGCGCUCGCGACGGUCCAAACGAGGCAAACCUCCCCAACACGCUCUUCGCCGUGAGACUUGCUUAGUACGAACCAACAACCUUCCUACCUGACCACUCCGGAU